AAUUUUGAAGAAGCGUCCGCUGACGUCAUUCAUCGUGCUCUGGAGAAGAAACGUCAAGAUGAUGGUCACGUGAUGUGUAUCGUGAUCCACAAGGCUGACAGACUGAAGACUGACUUAAGAAUCAACCAUCCAUUAGUACGUGUUCACGUGCUAGAUGUUAAUACGGGGGAAUACGUGAAGAAAUGCAGUGGGUAAGUUUGUAUGUUUCUGGCAUAGUCAUGCAGUGAGCUCGAUAUACUGUAUAUAUCUGGAGCGAGAAGUCGAGUCCAAAAAAGUGACGCCAAGAUGGCUUGAUGGCAGGGCAUUUUUUAAGAAAAUUACAACUACUGGGGCCAAGUCUCAGUGAGGGCCUUUCUCCCACACAAUUACGCGCACAUAAAGACCAUGCUGUGCUGACUUUUAUAACUAAAGAUGGAAUAUCGAGAAUGUUAGAGGACGUGAGAAAGCAGACAGAUGCCGCUUUUUCAACAAGGAUGACUUUUUACUAAUGAUCGAAAGGGCCCAGCUCAUCUGAAAAUAUUGCUUCACUACUGGGGCAAGCAAAGGGCCUACUGGGGUAAAUGCCCCAGUAUAGUUAUAUAGAUAAAAAAUGCCCUGCUUGGUGGUGUCUGCUGGUUGACCACAAUACACCAUGAUGCUUAGCGAAACCCACUUAUCCAAUAAUAGCAGAUUACCAUUUCCUUGAUCUUGAUUACCAUCUAACUCGAUUUCUCAUAAAUACUGAUUCUCAUUUCAUAGAAAUCGUGCAGCGACGUCAUACUACGAGAAUCCAGAAACGGUGGAUCAUAUCCUGCCAUUAAUGACUCAACCGUUUGACUUCAAACAACAAAAGUAUGUUCCAGCCUUGAUUUAUUCCGUACUGCUUUCUUUGAAAGCCACGCAGGCAGAAAUAUAACUGAACUUAUAUGUCAUGGUUACAGGUCUCUCAUUCCAUCAUGGGAGGAUGUUCUUAUCAUCAAUGAAAUAUAUUCUUACUUUUUACAACGCAAUGAAGGUGAUCCCGAUGUCAUUAUUUUCUUUGAGGUGAGAAGACAUUGAACGUCUGCUAUUUAACGAGACCUUUAGAAAUCAAGCCAUUGUUGUUAGGCAGAAGAGGCAUUGACUUUGUCCUACAACACAAAGGUUUAGUAAAGAUCUCUGCAACUGUGAGUCUCUUUUGCAGAUACUCGACUUCCUUAGUAUGGCAGCAAUAAACAAAUUGAAGGGCACUCAGAGGUCGGAUAGAGGAUGGUACCAAAUUGCAUGGGCAUUUCUUAAGGUAACUGUGGAAGUUAACUUAUGUGUACUAUCAAUGUUAGAAGUCUCAUUAUCUUGUCUGUUGUCUUGUGUACUAACUUAUGUACUAUCUGUAUCAAUGUUAGAAGUCUGAUUUUCUUAGUGAGAGGCGGUAGGUUAAAAUUUAGUAAAUCGGUUACUAAUACUGCAGGACACUCCGCCAGCAAGUUAAGUCAAGUAUCCAUUACACACUGUCACGUAAAAACGCACAAGUUGUUACAAGUCUGCAAACAAGUUGUUAUAAAUCUGUUCACAAGCUGUCGACAACUUGUCUUCGCACUGCUUGUUCCCAGUUGUUUGUGAUGUUACUCUGAGUGUGCAUCCACACCGGGCAAGCUGAAAAGUUGGCUUGGCGACGGUGGGAAUCGAACCCGCGACCUUUGGAACAAGUUUGUUGGGUUAACAUCGAACCCGCGACCUUUGGAACAACUUUGUUCCCAGUUGUUGGAACAAGUUUGAAACAAGUUGUUAACAAGCUUGAUGACAUUAUCGUACUUGUCACAAAGUUGUUCUAACCAGUCUGAUACAGCCAUGAUAAACAAGAAUGUGACAAGGUUGACGACACAAGGUUGUAACAAUAUUGUUAUAUCAUCACUGUAUCGGACUUGUUGGAACAACCUUGUAACAAGCCUGAUGAUAUCAACAUGGUUGUUACAAACUGUUAACAGCUUGUUCCAAAUUUGUUGACAACUUGGGACAAGCAGUGCGAAUACAACUUGUUGACGGCUUGUUGGCAGACUUGCUACAAGAUGUGAGAUUUUUACGUGUGUAUCCAAGCAAUCAAUCUUACACUAUACAUGUUCUAAUUAAGGAUUUUUCAGCCCAGAAAAGCAAUACACACUUUUGUUAAUUACUCAUCCAAAUUUUUUAUUAGUCGGUUUGUUCUUGUAUGGCCAUUAGCUCCAUACAUUUUCGUAUCAAAAUGCGUGGCAGUUUUUGAGUUAUCCUACUGACAGACAAUCUCAAGCAAACACAAACAAACCCAGGUGCCCUCCCACAGGGAAUGCGGACAGUGUGGGUUGGGAUUAGCCCCUAACUGACCCUCCCACCGCAGUUGUGCUCCGUGAUCAGAUACGUAUCAUAACGUGGCUGCCAGAGGCGUCCUUAGUAAGCCUUCGACUCGAUUAGCUCUCAGCUGCAAGUAAGGAUGAUUAGCAUACAGUAAAACCCCGCAUAUAAGAACCUAGAAUUUAAGAACUAAAGAGGCUAAAAUAUUUUAUUUAGAUCCCCUUUAAAUAAGAACCUGUUCAGGCUUGAAUUUCAAAACAGAUUCUUUUAUUAUCAAAUAGAGUCAAAAUUAAAUCACAAGUUACAAUCAGUGUAGCUUUAAAGUGCGUGUAGAGUUGGUAUAGUGCAUAUAUACUGUCAGUUUUUAGAUCAUUUGUGCAUAAUUUAUAUAAAUCAUAUACCAUACCUCCCUAAAAUGAGUCGCUUUUCUCUUAAGAAAAUAAGAACCUAUUUAAGAACCUGUUUAGCCUAAUUACCUGGUAAGCACCAUUUACAUAAGAACCUGUUUAGGCUAACUUGGAAAAUCUAGGUUCUAGGUUUUACUGUACCCCACUCACUUAACCUGGCAAAGGUAAUAAUUACAUACUGUAUACCUUUCCUUGUUUGGUUUAGCUGGUGGGUUCCAAUGGAUCUCCUAACACCGACAUCAAGAUCCGUUUGCAGUUAUUCCAUCCCGUGAAAUCAAACAGACGUCGACAGUUAUCAAACCCAAAUGUACCUGAGGUUUAUCAUUGGUGGACGUCGCCUUCCCGUCUUCAAUAUCCUUCAACACUCUACGUGACUGUGAAAGGAAUUAAACCACCGAAAGUUAUUGAUGCCGCAGGAAGAUCUAUGUUCGCUGUUCAAGAGGUGUGUGUCUUCUAGUUAAAACUACAGGAUGCAACUUUGUUCUCGAUAGCUUUAUCAGUUCUACAGUGUUUCUUCGAGAGGUCCUUCGGGCCUGAGCAAGCACCUUUCACCUCUGAGAUCUCUUGGGACUGCGGACUCUUGACACUUGUGUGAAAAAGUCCGUUAACGUUCUACCAAAAAUCUCUGGUUUUCUCAGUGUACUAUGGUUGUUGAUAGGGUAUGUCGGGAUAAGGCCCUCCCUGACACGGGAUUAGCCCCUCCAUGAUCAGACAUGAGUCAUAAGGUGGCUACCAGAGGCGCCCUUUCUACUCGAUCAGGUUGAACUGCAUCCUUUGUAAUUCAGCUUAGCCCACAGCAACAAGAAAGGAUAAUUCGCACACACCCACUCACCUACUCCAGUGUAAUGGGCAUCCCUUAUUUGUCCAUGCAGUGUUAUACUGCAAGAAGAAACCUAAGUUAAACUGUUAAACUAUAACUUUAUUUAUACACGGUAGAUCUGUUGUCCCUGGAUAUCCAGUAAGGGCCCGGCAUUUCUUAUUAGUUCAGUGUUACUGCAGGAUGAAACUGGAGUACCCGAGGAAUAUACCUGUGAUGUUUCAUAGAGUCAAACUCUCUAUGAAGCACUCUAGCUUGUCAUGAAUAUGUUUUUUUCUCUAAAUAUUUUUUUAAUAAAAGAACUGCACGUUUCAGAAAUCGAAGCCCGGCCCCAGAGACGAAAGGGACGUGCGCUCGCCGUUUUGCCAACAACACUCUCAGUUGCUUAGUAACAGUUACGAAAACUUAUUUUUCAAUCAUUAUAGGAAAGAGGGAAAAUGACGUUUGAGGAGUUGACUGGCAAGAUUGCUCGUGGAGAAAGUCCAAGGUAAGACGAAUGAGGACCUGUCGACCUUACAUCUGUUGACCUUAGAUCUGUUGCCCUUGCCAGAAAACAUCCCAAAGUGUUCCUUGACAAUUUGCGCUAAUAUCAGGAUUUCUGAGUUGAAUCUUUUUCAUGUUUAUUUUAGUGAAAUGGAUGCUAAUCGGGAUAUUGUCACUUGGACAAAGUUACCUGGACAGGUUUGUUAAGUACAUUAAUUUCUAAUCAGUGUCAGUGAACUUUCUUAGCUCUGAAAAGUCGUGUUGAGGUUUAAAUUCUUGUGUUUCUCUAGCCAAACCACGUUCCGAACCAAAUGAUGUCGACCCUGCAAGCAGGACGUCGUGGUUGUUUUGUUGUGAGAUUUUCUAACGAUGGCAGGUUUGUCGCGUUUAUUUAACAUACUUCCUUCGCUUAACGAAAGAAGAGAGAAACUAACUCUUCGAGAAAUAGAGGCAAUUAUUCGUGACACAGACCAACCCCUGUCACCACCUUGUCCCUGUCGCACAUAAACAUGACUAUUCUACUAGAACUGAAAGACGUAAAUCAUCGUUUAUGCCUCGGGCACUUGCCUUUCUCACGCCACCAUUUUUGGGUGGCUUUUCAGCCAAAGUCUACGAGUUUAGUCCACAUAACAGCGACUUUUUAUAAUUUUUUGGACGAAUGAUGGUAAAGUUCCUUUGUAAAUGGUCUGUUUAUGUUGAAAAAUUGCUUUUCACAUUGUUUUAAUUGUCUGCAUUGGUUAACGAGAAUUAGAUGCCACCCAAAAAUGGCGGAUAUUCGUCAUCGUGAGAAAGGCUAAUUGAACUUUUUAAGAAUAAACUUUAAAUUUUUAUUGUUAUAUAUGUAAUCCAUAAUUUUAGAUUGAUAUUGUAACGUUUGGUGUGGUCUUAAUGACAGUAAACUAUACAUGCAUGCAAGCUCACCGAUUUCAAAAGUGCAAUAUUGCACAUUGACUGUGUCUGUGUUAUAUUUUCGCAGAAAACUGGCUUGUGGGUGUGCAGAAAAGCAUAGCUUCUCUAUAUUCGUAUUUGAGGUAAGGCUGAACUAUACUAUUUGUAUACUAAAUGAGGGUCUUGAUAAAUUAUUUUCGCAUCCUCAAUAGUUGAAGUUUCCGCUACUUUAUGGUACAAUUUUCCCCAUUUAUUUCCUGCAGACGUUAUCCGGCAGAAGUGUCAGCACGUUUCAAGGACAUUUCAGUAUUAUCUAUGAUCUAUGUUGGUCAUACAAUGAUAAAGAACUGCUGUCAGCUUCUUCAGAUGGAACUGCUAGGUAUUUUAUAAGUAAUCACAAUUUCAUUUUGCUCUUGACCUGCUGCUCAUACAUAUACUCUCUGUCAGGGAUUGCUUGUAUACUCGAAAGAGAUUUUUCCCGCUAUUUCCGUAUACUCGCGCAUGCUCUUUACGUUUGACCGCGAUGUUGGGGAGACCACCAAAUACGUUAAGGUAACUAACCUCCACUCUCCUUUGAACUUUGUGUUCAUUUUGCAGGAGUUGGGAAGUGUCGAGGGACGGUAGUCCUGCUACAAAGACAUAUCCUCAUCCAUGUUUUGUCUAUGCUGCACGAUAUCAUCCACAGAAAAAGAACUUGGUUAUAACCGGCGGUUAUGAUAGACUUAUAAGAAUGUGGAGUAACGAUUCUGAAGGUGCUAACGGCCAGGUAUUUGUUGUGCUAUUGUUAUAAACUGUUCUCUUAUUGUCUGCUAACAUCAAUAGAAAUUGAGAUAAGGGAUAUAUGGUCAAGUGAAGGGAGGGGAAGUGGCAGAUUUCGAGGAAGAUAUGCGAUGAUCAUUGGGUUCUCAACUUAGGCAUUUCUAGGUGAAGGGGGUAAGGAAGGCAUGCUCAUGUGGGGGUUGACUAAGGGUGGUAUGUUCAAGGAAGGGGAAGGGGGGUUUGGUAAAUUCCAGAUGGACAUUUUGUUCUCAAUUCGGUUGGGGGGAGUGGAGGGGGAAUGUUUAAGUGAAACGAUCCACUAUAAUGAUUAUUUUAUUCUCUUUGCAGCUCUUACGUGAGAUGGAUGGUCAUAGUGGUUUUAUAAAUACAAUCUGCUUUGAUCCUUUAGGUACUAAAUUCUUUAUAACGCAUUUCAUUUUCCACGUACCAUCCAAUCAUUCUGCUCAUUCAUUGUUUUGCCUUUAUAUUUAUAACAUAUUGUGCAACGAACCUAUUUAUCAACCUUGACUUGUGUUCAUUUCCCAACAACCUGGUUUUCUAGGUCAAUUUAUGUUUUCUGGUGACAGUUCGGGCACUGUAAUUGUUUGGAACACGUAUGCAAAUGUUGAGACGAAAUCCAAGAAAAGACGAUCGCAGUCUGCAGGUAGAAUAUGUCAGUAGGUCGUUUUUAUGUAGCUUUUAAAUAAAACUGUACUGUACGUGUUACAUCCUCAGAGUAACUGAACAUUUAAACAACUUACAGUAUGUUCUUUUAUUUUUCAGCUGAUGUUCAAAGAUGGGUUAUCAGCAAGACAGUAAAAGAUCCUGAGAUUAAGGUGUGGAAUUUUAUGAAUAACCUCUACACAAUGCAUUUUGAAAUUCUAUUUACUUUGAAAUCUACCGUAUUCACUUACAAAAGACAACAUAAGAUUGUCUUAUUCUCCACUGUCUGUUUAUCAGGUUAGAAAAACCAUUCUUAUUAUUUCGACAAUUUUUUUUAGGAUUGUAUCAUCAACUCAAUACGGCUUCAUCCGAAUGGUCGCAAACUGUUGGUUCAUACUAGGGACAGCGUGACGAGAAUGUUAGAUUUGAGAAGGUGUGGAGAAAGUCUUAUUUAGCACUUCAGGGUCUUAGCCAGGGGCCGGUUGUUCAAAGAUUUAACCUGCUGUUUUAGUUUGUGUUCUUCUACAGUUCUACACAUCUGUGUAUUUCAAAACUUCAGAGAAGUAAAGUCCUAUCUAUCCAGACCAGAUCUCUGAAGAAAUAUUUUCAAAUUUAUAGAAAAGCUGUCAGGAAGUUUGCUUCGAAUUUUAGGUUAACCAAGGGUUAAACUAACCCAGCUUUGAACAACCGGCCCCAGAAGAUUAAAAAAUUCGGCAGUUUAAUUAACGAAAUUGGGAAUUUCAUUUAGCUUGCGACAUUCAGACCGGAGUUAAGGAAUAUCGUGUUUCUUAAGUGACGUUAUCGUGGCCUAGCGCCAGUUGAGCUAAAUUAAAACUUUUGAAGUCACCUGACAUUGUUUUGCGUACUAAAAACAGACAAAUAUAUAUUUUAGGCUACAUGACGUCCUCUCAACACUUAUCUGGUACCCAAUUUUUCUCGAGCAAAGUUUUGAAGUUGAACAAUCUUUUAUAUAUAUAAUAGUUACGUUUUUGGCUGAUCUAAAUUGUGAAAUUGCUGGCUAAACGUAAUUGUGAAAACGGCUUACAACGCCGAAUUUUUUACUAUAGUUAACACCCAGUACUUUAGCCUUCAUUUUUUCCUAGGGUUGGUUAGUGGUCGAUGUUACCAAAGGUUACAACUUAAUUAGUGAUAAUUUUAUUAUUUUUAGUUUCUCUAUGAUGACCCGCUAUAUCGGCGCAAACAACUUUAAAGAACACGUGAGAAGUACCAUGAGCACUUGCGGGAGUUUUGUAUUUUCUGGUUCUGAGGAUGGACUGGUGUAUGUAUGGGACACCGAAACAGGUAACCCGGGAAUUUUGUUUGUAAAAUGUAUUGAAAUGUACUGUAUGUCGAAUAUAAGACACGGCUCGGAAUUCAAUAAUCAACUUUUCAACAAAGGAUAUGACUUCAUUUGAAUUGCCUGCUCAAAGUUUUUUUCUAUACUGCUGAGGGCAUUUAGGAGAAGUCUGGAACAAGUUGUUUUCAUUUUUUCAGGUGAUCUGGUUAAGGUCUAUAAUGAACUCGGUUACACAGCAGCUGUAUCUGACAUUGAUUUUCAUCCGCAUGACAAUAUUGUCGCAUUCUGUUCUUUUGGACAAAAUCAUCCUCUUAUCUUGUACCAAUUCCAGCAUACAGGUUGGUUAACAAUCUAGCCUUCCCUUUGAAAGGAUAAAGUUUUUUAAUCUUAUAUGUCAGCUAGUUGAAACCAUAGAUAUCUUAUAUACACUAGAUAGUGCAUCUAAUUAUUCUGCAAUUCAAAAAUUGAAGCCUUGAUUGCAGACUCAGGAUAUUCCCAUGAAAUGAGAAGAUUCGUAUGUUUUCUAUUUCUUAAACAGGGAACUUAAACAUUAAGUUAAACCUAUUCCAAAUACAUUUUCAAACUAUUCAAAUGAUGAAAGUUAUUGUUGUUUUUUAAGCGUUUAUUAGCGAGUGGGAAACUUCAACAUGGCCGCCAUCUAUUCAAAUGGGGGUAACCGCUGGAAUAUUCUUGGCUUCAAUUUUACUAAAAGAGAUGCGCUAGCUAUCUAGUGUAUAUAAGAUAUCUAUGGUUGAAACAUGUAAUUGUUGUCCUCUUUUUCCUUCCACCCACCCGCAUUUAAGGAAGGGAAAACAAGGCCUGAUACUCAGGUUAAUCUAUGAUAAUUACAGGUACAGUGAAGGAAGUCCCAUAUACCCCUACUAGUCCCCCGAUGUCGCCAUUACGUACGACAACCCAUACUCUGGGUCAAACUUCGGAGCAUGUAUUGACGUCUGAACCAAGAACUAUGGAACGUACUUCAACACAUAUGGCUGACGUCGCAUCAGAAACUAUACUGCUGAAUAAAAUCAAGAAGAAAUUGGAUUCUGUUCUGGUAAGAUUCCUCUACUUAUGCAACGUUAGCCUUAAAUGAAAUAUACUGGAUAGCUUUUAGCUAGCUACUUACGUGAAUGAAUAUGUUUUUCACAUUUUACAGGAAGCUUCGAAUACAACUGCUGACCUUCGAUCAAGUAUGGCAGGCUCAAGAACAUUUUCAGCCAAUCAGAGAACACCUAGUCCCCAUGCCCAUCGUCCCGAUACGUCAUUCGAACAACACGACAUGAGAACUCUAUCAACAUGGGGAUCUGACUUCACAGCUUUACCAACUACGCCAUACAGUCCCGGAUCUAAUCCCCAGUCUCCCCAGAGGGAUUUGGGCACGCGGACGUUUAGCCCGUUUGAAACUGGACAGCUAGGCGACAGUCGGUUCCUAUCACCUAGUCAAGGUAAAGAAUUUAUGUUUGCAGUUAAACGUUUUUGCGGUUCUUCUUUUAGUAACACUAGACUAAUAAAGAUGACCCUUUAAUACUGGACCGCAGUUUACAGAGAACUGAUUGAUCUAUCCAGUAUAAAUAUAAAGUGCUUAUGCCAGUUUAAAUCAUGUGGUCAAUGAAUUAAUAAAGGAAUACCGAAUGCUUUUCCGUGCAGGAUUGCGUGAUCCAUGCACGAGGGAUGUCGCGAGACUUUCGGAAAGCGUAAAAAUACUCGAGCCGCAGGCGAGUGUAUUUUUACGCUUUCCGAAAGUCGAGCAACAUCCCAAGUGCAUGGAUCACGCUAUCCUGCUUGGAAAACAAUUUGGUAAUUGUUUUAUAAAAUAACUACAGUGAAACAAUGACAUUUUGAGAAUCCCACGAAAAUCCCGCGAAGGCAUUUUAAUUCCUCGUGCAGGAUAGCCUGAUCCUGCACGGCUAUUGACCAAUCAAAUUGCGUGUUUCACUGUAGUUAUUAUAUACUUUGUUUUCACAUGUUUUAUCAUUUUAGGACAGUCGACUUUUUCCAGACCACAAUCUCGUAAUGAUACAAGUGUUGCUUUAUUUACGGUACGUUACGCUUCACGUGAUUGGGGUGUUUGGUUGUAGCUAGGCGUUGUUGAGUUGCAUUUAUUAGAGACCUUAAGAUUGACGUUUACGGCAAACGUCAAACCGCUAGCGAGGUUCUUGAUUUUACAACUCUAUUAUAAUAGCUUUUACACCAGUUUUAAAAUAUGUUAAACUUAUUAUACUUGUACUCUUUAGCAAUGAUUUAAGAAAGCAAAUUAACCACUAGUCAUGCCAUUCACCAAAGCAGUAAAUUAAGAUUUGGCGUUUGAAGUUGACGUUUGGCGUAUAAAUUUCAUUCUUGAACUGCUACGAGGGCUUGUAGUCAUUAAAGCAUUAAAUCUAUACGCCAAACGUCAAUUUCAAACGCCAAAUCUUAAUUUACUGCUUUGGUGAAUGGCAUGACUAGUGGUUAAUUUGCUUUCUUAAAUCAUUGCUAAAGAGCACAAGUUUGAUAAGUCUAACAUAUUUCAAAACUGGUGUAAAAGCUAUUAUAAUAGAGUUGUAAAAUCAAAAACUUCGCUAGCGGUUUGCCGUUUGCCGUAAACGUCAAUCUUAAGGUCUCUAUUAAAUGAUUUCCCCAAUGUGAGAAAAAUGCUUCCAGUUUUUUCCGAAGGUUUUGUCCAAGUGUUCCGGUUUUGUAAGGUCUGUUUAGACAAGCGCUCAUGUCUAUUUUCAGGUGAAAGCCGCAUAUCCAUUCGCAGCCCGCAAUGCAGACGAGCUGAACCUCGAUGAAGGUGACGUCAUCAAAGUAUUACGUCAAGAGGAUGAACAUUGGUGGGUGGGUGAGAUGAGAGAUGGCAGACAAGGAUAUUUUCCCGCUUCGUAUACAACCAUGAUCGGUAAGACAUUCUAUUCAAAGGUGGAUCUGGCAUCAUCUGUUAGAAGGGGUGGGGGGUUUCCAGAGGGGGUUGCAUUACUAGGGGGUCUGGUAAAGGCCCCCUCCGGCCCCCGGAAAUAUUUUGAAAUUUGAAGCCCUGAAAUGUUAUUUCCUGAACUUAUUCGUUAAAUUCAGGUCUUCACGGACCUUGUAUUUCAGGCAAAAAUUAAGAAAAGUAAAUAUAAUGUUCUACACCGGAUCAUGAUCGUCAUAAUCCAGCCGUGAAAAAGAAAAAUUAUUUUGUUGAAUUCAUCUUGAAAUACAGUGGCAUCAAAGAGCGUGAAAUCAGAGCACGCACCACCCCUCUCCGCAGCCCCCCACCCCCUUAUACAGUAGAUCCGUCUAUGACUGUAUUGUUAGUGUCACUGUAGGCUGUAGCAGGCAACAUGAGUCAUAAAUUGCCCGCACAGAAUACGGCUGUCCAGUGUAUAGACUAUCUAAGUUUACAUAUCGAAGUUUCUUUGAUCAAAUUAUGCUAACUUUAACAAUUUUGAUUCAAAAGUGUUCUAACGCUGUAGUCACAGGACUAACAUCGAGGCUGGUUUUCGGUAGUGAUGCAAACCACUUUUAAUCAUAAAACUACGUUUUGUCAAAUCUCCAUAAUUUGAUGUUUAGAUACAACGGAUAAGAAAAAGAGUGAAAGACAUAAAGGAAAUAAACAGGUAAGUUUGUCACAGUGCGGCCCAGCUUUCCCCAAAGUUUGUGUCAGUACUUUUUGUUUUGUUUUUUUAUAUUUAAUUUAUGACCAUCAAUCUUGUAUAGUACACGGCUGUUAGAACGACUGAAGGAGACGUGAAGAUUCUCUCUGCACCUGAAGAAAGCGAUGUGGAUGUUGUUACUACAAAACGGUAUUUUCCCUUAAUUAAUGUGUUCAAAUAAACGUUUGAAAUAAACGCAGAAAAUAUAGUUAUAGGAACAGGAAAAAGUUAAACUUAAUCUCUCUCAUUUAUUUCACACCAAAGCCUCCGGCAUACGUUGAAAACACAGUUCAUACUAUUUUUCUGACACUCCAUGCUUGAACCGACCAUUUCUUGCAUAACCCAAGACAAAAACUACACACUUAAAAACGCACACACAAGUUGUGACAAACCUGCAGCAGACAACUUGUGAACAGGAUGUGUUCGCACCGCUUGUUCCCAGCUUGUUGACAAGUUGUCAGCGGCUUGUUGACAACUUGCUAGCACAAAGGUUGUUGAGCUCAACAGAUUCAUGGGCGUACCGGAAGGAAAAAAUUAGGGGGGCGGAAAGAAAAUGGCCCGACUUUUCGUGAUUGUGCCCGACUAAUACCGAAAAUUUUUUUCCGGAAAAAUUAUUUUGGCGAAAAAAAUUUCGAUCAGUGUACCAUUUUAGGGGUCAAAAAAAUUUUCCGGACAUGCCAAAAUUUUUCGUAACAUCGCACAAAUUUUCCAAAAAAAAGUACAUUUGCCACAAAAUUGACUAAAUUUUCGACAAAAUUAACAGAAUUUGUCCCAUUUAUUUUUAUAACAAACCAAAAUUGCCCGACUGUUAAUCGAAUAUUGCCCGACUGCCCAAAAAACUGGGGGCUACGGUACGCCUAUGAACAGAUUUGUUAUCGUUUUUCUGAAACUUUCAUCUCUGUUCAUAUUAAAUAAUGCCUGGUUCAAUUCGUCGGCGAUCUAUUGUAUCUUAUUCUUUACGACCAGUGUGAACAGGCAUAAAUCGCGCAAGAGGUUUUUGAUAAUAUUUUUAUUUUAGCUACAUUUCGCGCGAAUAGUUUACUAUCCGUCCUCAGGCUAUUUACACAAAUUGUUCUAAAAUCUGAUUUCAACGCAUGUUAAGUAAAAUGUUGAGACAUGUUGCCUUGUGAUUUGUAAUUUAUGUGUCAACAUUCCUACUUAACAUGCGUAGAAAUCAGAUUUUGUUGCAAGUUGCAGCAAUUUUGUUGCCCAUAUUAAUCCGCCUUUACGCGUGUAUGCUAUUUUUGGUUUCCAGGUCACGUGGUGAUGGGCGUCCUCCACGUCAUACUCACGACAGGUCACGACCGUCAUCCACCGUCAAGAAAAAAUCGCCAAGGCGGACAAAAGAUCUUCGAGAUGAGAGCAAUGCGUAGAUGAGUUAGAUAUCUUUGUAAAUAGAUUAAUAUAUGAUUAUUUUGUAAUUAUGCUGAAUAUAUACAUACCCUACUAUAAAUGUAACAUAAACUCCAUAAAAUAAUUUUUGAGGUAGAAAAUGUAGAUAAUUCUUUUUAAUUAACGUAGGUUGUCAGAGGAUUGUAAAAAAAAUUUGUUUUUCUGAAGAAAGGUUUUCCAAGAAAAUAGCCUGAUUAGCAUAUAUUUUUUUACGGCAACGUGGCAAAACAACUCGUGAUUGAGGAUUAUUGUAUACGCCCCCGAAAAUGGGAAAUAUGAAUUUUUGAAUACAUCCCUAAAAGUAAAAUUUGGCCUUAUUGUCUUGAAACUGGAAAAUUUGCAUGAAACCUUUGAUUUCAAACAGUAAUUUGUUGGC